UCAUGGCCGCGGCACCCACGGCGGCCUCCUCUGCGCGACCCCCGGCUCGGCGGCGGCGUCUGUGCUGCGCGCAGGAUGCGGCUGCUGCUGGCGCUCCUGGCCCUCGCCGCCUCCCGGGCCCCGGCCCGCGCAGAGUCACACUGGUGCUACGCGAUUCAAGCCAAGGACUCCACGGACUGCCUGGGGCCGGACCGCUGGGGCGGACAGUGCCAGCAGGACCGCCAGUCCCCCAUCAACAUCGCCACCCCCCGGGCAUGGGUGAACGACAGCCUGGGGCCCUUCUCCUUCUCCGGCUACGACAAGAGGGAGAAGUGGAGCAUCCAAAACAACGGGCACUCCGUGAUGGUGUCGCUGGGGAGCGGGGUCUCGAUUGCCGGAGGCGGCCUGGCCUCCCCGUACAGGGCCAAGCAGCUGCACCUGCACUGGUCCCGGGAGCCGGAUGCCGGCUCCGAGCACAGCCUGGACGGGGAACGCUUCGCCAUGGAGAUGCACAUUGUACAUGAGAAAGAGAAGAAAGAGGCCCAGGACGCCAAAGACGAGAUCGCAGUGCUGGCCUUCCUGGUGGAGGCUGGAUCCAAGAACGAGAACUUCCAGCCGCUGGUGGAGGCCCUGUCUGCUAUCCCCAGACCCAUGAUGAGCACCCCAAUGAAGGAGAGCGUCAGCCUGUUUGACCUGCUCCCGGAGCAGGAGAAACUGAGGCACUACUUCCGCUACCUGGGCUCGCUCACCACGCCGGGCUGCGACGAGAAGGUCGUCUGGACUGUGUUUGCGGAGCCCAUUCAGCUCCACAGGGACCAGAUCCUUGCGUUCUCUGAGAAGCUGUACUACGACAACGAGCAGAAGCAGAAGAUGACAGACAACGUCAGGCCCCUGCAGCGCCGGGGGCAGCGCCCCGUGUUCAGGUCCCAGGCCCCCGGCCAGCUGCUGCCCCUGCCGCUGCCCGCGCUGCUGGCCCCCACGCUCACCUGCCUGGUGGCUGGCUUCCUCCGAUGAUGGCUCGCCUCUGGACACUUGACCUCCGCCCUCUGCCCUCUGCCCUCAGAGGGCGUGGGCCCCCUUCCUCUGCUCCCCAGGUCGGACCUGGAUGACGAUUGGAAGAAAUACAGAUAUAUUUUUAGAGAAGCCUUUCUCGGGUCUGUUUUGAGUUCCCACAACUACCCCUGCCCGGUUCCCCUCAGCUACCCCCGGUGCCUGGGGAGGGAGGGGCCGUGAGGCCUGGGGAUGUCCUCGGAGCAGGGGCCCGGGGGUGUGAACUCCCUGUCUGAG